CUUUUCUACCGUUCCUCGAUUCUCUUCCAGUGCCAAUACCAAUCGAAAAUACGGUUGUUGCCUCGUACGGACAGCAUGGCUUCUCACACAGCCCGGUUUUUGGAGAAAUCGGUGGUUCCCCUGCUCGCAAAACACCCGCUGCAGUGGUCGCCAUCGCUUCGAUCGGGCCAAGUGGCAACCGCAUCGUCCUCCAUUGGCUCGACGCGGUGGUUCAGCGACGAUGGCCCCAAGAAACGAAUCGUCAAGGUGAAAAAGAAGGAGCGAAAAUCCGCCGCCGACACGGGCCGGUCGCGCGAUCUCGAACUGCUGCUCGGGUUUCUUGACGCUCCCAAAACCAAGCCGCCCCCCGCCGACGAGGAGGAAACCGCCCGGCGGGAAACCGUGAGAAGGAACUACACCAUCGGCACCUUUCGGAAGCACAACGAGGAGAACCACGAGAUUGCCUGCAAGCUGAAACUGAAGAAGCACGCCAUCAGCAUGCUUCCAAAGCGCAGCAAUCUCAAGGAAUGGGCACUCAAAGUGGACGACAAACACCCACCAAGAUGGAGGACGAUCCCCGCCUGGACCCCUCCCAUUCCCGAUUUUAAUCCAUCGGACUUCAUGGUCACGGAAGAAUAAAUUUAAAAAAUAGAUUUGCGAAAC